UAUGCAGAAAAUAGUGGGAUUUGUUUGUCUUCACCCAUGUACAUGUACUAAUGAGCAAUUUUCUGGCAACCCAACUGUACACUAUUAUACACAUAUGGACUUGCUAUGAGGUCACUAGUGCACAUCUAUGACAUCGAGGGAUUGUUAAUGACCAGACGAGGGUCCUAUUUCCUGAAGCCAAAGCACUAUCAUUUCAGGCUUCGUCCUAACAUUGUAAAAUCAUAAAUUGCAAUGGUCAACGGUACAGAAAAAUAAAUGAAUCUAUUGAAAAGGUAGAUAUUUCUGGACAUUUUUCAUUAUACAGCAGAGCAAUGCCAUUUCACCACUGAUGCAGCUUCUCACUACCCUGCAAUUCUUCGGCACCGGUGCCUUUUAUACUGUUAAAGGGGAUCUCCAUGACAUGAGUGUCCCCUCUGUAUGCCGUAUUGUUCAUCGGGUUGCUAAUUCCCUGGCCAGAUUAACGGAUUGACACAUAUGCUUCCCUGUCAACAUGCAAGAUGUGAUGAGGACCAAGCAAGGAUUUUUUGCUCUGGCAGGCUUUCCCGGGGUAGUUGAUGCAAUAGAUUGUACCUAUGUAAGAUUGUAUGGAGCCCCACUUGGCAAUGAUGAGCCUCUAUACGUGAACAGAAAAGGCUACCAUAGCAUAAACGUGCCAGUGGUGUGUGAUGCAUCAUUCAAAAUGACAAAUGUCGUCGCACGGUGGCCAGGCAGCACCCACGACAGUGCGAUUCUGCAUGGAAGUCGUCCGGGAGAAAUGUUCGAAACUGGAAGGAGUCACAGAAGAGUUAGAGUGACUGUUGAACAGGUGUUUGGUCAGUUGAAGUGGAAGUUUCCCUGUCUAUCACUUGGACUUCAUGUGGCCCCCCGCAGAGCCUGUCAGAUCAUCAGGGCAUGUUGUGUACAAUAUUGCAAAGGAGCUGAGAGAGCCUGAAAUGGAUGGGGAGCCAGUACAA